UAGAAAAGUGCCGCGACAAGCGCCCAGCGGCGGUCCAGGGCUCGCUCCGCGGGACGGCCCGGGCGCGCUCGGCUCCCGCACCCGGCUGCACGCCCCGCGCCCGGCGGGGGGCGGCUCCUGCGAAAUGCUCCCUCGCUUCUUGCUGCUCUUCCUCCUCCCGUGGGUGCGGGCCACCGAGCGCCCCGAGGGCCGGGCCGACGAGCGGAGCCUGGAGGCCGCCCCGGCCGUGCCCAACGCCUCGCGCUUCUUCUCCUGGGACAACUACACCUUCUCCGACUGGCAGAACUUCGCGGGCAGGAGGCGCUACGGCGCCGAGUCCCAGAAGCCCACGGCGAAAGCCCUGCUCAUCGCCGCCUACUCCGGCAUCAUCGUCUUCUCGCUCUUUGGCAACGUCCUGGUCUGUCAUGUCAUCUUCAAGAACCGGCGAAUGCACUCGGCCACCAGCCUCUUCAUCGUCAACCUGGCCGUCGCCGACAUCAUGAUCACGCUGCUUAACACCCCGUUCACUUUGGUCCGCUUUGUGAACAGCACAUGGGUGUUCGGGAAGGGCAUGUGCCAUGUCAGCCGCUUUGCUCAAUACUGCUCGCUGCACGUCUCAGCACUGACACUGACGGCCAUUGCUGUAGACCGCCACCAGGUCAUCAUGCAUCCGUUAAAACCCCGGAUCUCGAUCACAAAGGGCGUCAUCUACAUCGUUGUCAUUUGGACCAUGGCUACAUUCUUUUCUCUCCCACAUGCUAUCUGCCAGAAAUUAUUUACCUUCAAGUACAGUGAGGACACUGUGCGCUCUCUGUGCCUGCCAGACUUCCCCGAGCCAGCCGACCUCUUCUGGAAGUACCUGGACUUGGCCACCUUCAUCCUGCUCUACAUCCUGCCCCUCCUUAUUAUCUCCGUGGCCUAUGCCCGUGUGGCCAAGAAGCUGUGGCUCUGCAACACGAUCGGCGACGUGACCACGGAGCAGUACCUCGCCCUGCGGCGCAAGAAGAAGAAGACCAUCAAGAUGCUGAUGCUGGUGGUGGUCCUUUUCGCCCUCUGCUGGUUCCCCCUCAACUGCUAUGUCCUGCUCCUGUCCAGCAAGGUCAUCCGCACCAAUAAUGCCCUGUACUUUGCCUUCCACUGGUUUGCCAUGAGCAGCACCUGCUACAACCCCUUCAUCUACUGCUGGCUGAACGAGAACUUCAGGGUCGAGCUAAAGGCACUACUGAGCAUGUGCCAAAGCUCACCCAAACCUCAGGAGGACAGGCCACCCUCUCCGGUCCCUUCCUUCAGGGUAGCUUGGACAGAGAAGAGCAAUUGCCGGAGGGCUCCACUAGCUGAUAACUUCUUGCCCUCCUCCCAACUCCAGUCUGGGAAGACAGACCUGUUGUCUGUGGAACCCAUUGUGGUGAUGAGUUAGAGGAGGUUGAGAAGAGGCAGGGGAGGGAUGUCUCCAGCUGAGGCUGGGAAAGAGCCUGUCCUCUCAUCCACGGUCUUCAUGGUACUGGAAACAAGAUCCUGCAGAAGCUUGAGUUCCUAGGAAACUCUGCCCCGCCUCCCAGCCCCUUUGAUGUGAAAACUAAAAGGCAACUACCAACUAGAGCUGUGCUCAUAAACUCCUAUCUAAGAACCGCUGUGUGGCAUGGCACCAUGGUUCCCUGAGCAAGAGAGCUGAGGACAGCUUAGGCCCAGCUGGGGGCUGUCAGUCAACUGCAACUGCAACCCUUCCUGCUGCUGAGCAUCCGUAAAGGAAACCUGAGUCACGCUUUGGGUGUGGCUGGCCCAGAUGCACAGAGCUCUGCUAGAAACAGGGUCAUCGGCCACUCCGAUAAUAAGCCAGAGUGAGCACGAGGUUUACAUGCAUCACUUUCUGAAGUCAUUGGACCAGGAUGAAUCACAAGUCUUCAAUGGCCUGGCUCUAUACCUGACAAGAAAGGACCGAUAUGGGUUCCUCAAAACAGGGACAUUAUUAUUACCACUUUAAAAAAUUUAGAAAAACACAGAGAAGGAUAUAAAAAUCACCCCAUUAUACUAUCCAUUUGUGAAAACUUCCAUCAAUGUGCUGUGGGUUUAUUCGUGACUUUUCCCUGUCUAUGUGUGCACCUUUCUUCAUUCUCCAUUAAGAUUAUAAUGAUCAGCAAGAAACGGGCACGACCGUGCAUCCAAGCCCCUCUCCCAGGAGGGGCGUCCGCCAGAAGAAUUGAAGAGGAGGUGAAAGAGGAACCCAAGGUGGAGACUGUCACCACGCUGGCAGAACUGGCCCCAUCUUGUAGCCGGUGGUGGGAAGGGCCUGGCUGAAGGACCUCUCCUCAGAUGAGCCAGGAACAAAACUCAGCCACGAAGCACAAUUCUUCGUCUCUCGCGAUCACACAGAAACAAGAGGUGGUGGAACGUUGUUCUGUUUUCACAGGAGAUGAGGGAACAGGCUUUCCAAUAGGCUGGAAAUAAUUGUGCUUAGACAGCUCAUCCUCUCAAGCUGUCUAGACAGGCCAUUUCUCUGUGUUGUCUGAAUAAUGAGGGUUGUUUUUUUCCCACACCAGUUCCUGAAAGAAGACUUGCUGUCAACAUCAUCCUAGUCGUUCAUAUGUCUCUUACAGAAACCUAUGGGAUCCUUAUGGAGCUUUAUUUCUCAAGGGCCCAACAUGCCAGAGAAAUCCCAUUCCAGAGACUGAUGGUUUUCAUCACCUUCCAUCCUUCCUGAGUGACUCACUGUCACCCAGAAGAGAAACGUGUCAGGCAGAAUCAAGCUCAGUUCACCAGCUCUAAACAAUUGCUCUCAUCACACUGUUUUAGGUGUUCUUUAGCCCCAAGUAGAUCCUGAAAGCAAAGCAUGGAUAUGGAGCUGAGUGGGAAACUGAGGUUUGAGGGGGAAGACAUUUGUCCAAGAUUCACUUACAUCUCUUGGAUGCUAAUUGAAACUGAGCUUGUUCACAUGGUUUGCCUCUCUGUAAUGAACCCCCAAGGUUCUAUUUAUGGGUUUGUUUGAAAUUUUUCAAUAUACGAGAUUUUAAAAAAUCAUCUACUAUACAGUAGAUACAAAAGUGACUUUCAUGGGGCAGAGACUGUUCUAAGUCCAUAGGGAUCCCCAAGUGGGUUUUUCAGGCCACAUCACUCAUGUGCCUGUGCUUAUUGUCUCUGUGGUGUCAGGAAGUAGCUAGUGGUGUCAUCUUAAUGCUGCCAUAGAAAUUCUAUGAUCCAGAAUGAGAACAGGCAGCAAGGACACAAGUUUGUCCUGCUCUGGGACAGGGAGAGCUUCACUGCCGAGUCCCAGAGAAACCCUUCCCUGGAGGAGGACCCACCAAUGGCCCCGUAGGUCUGCUCCCUUCCUCACGCUUCCUGUGGGCCUCAGAGCAAAAAGUGAUUUGUAUUGGUGAAUGUGAAAUGUAUGAAAUUUGAGUUUUUCUGAAGUACUUUACUGUAAACUUCCCCAGUCUUAAUAAAUUGUAUCUUUUGGGUGUGUGGAC